UCGGAGAGGAAUGCAUUUCAUCGAUCUCUCAUGUUUCUCCACGUGUACUAAUGAAAAACCGACCUUAAAAUUCACAGUUGGCUCUAUUAUCAGUAGUGUUGAUUCCACCACUUGAACAAAUAGUUGUUUGAUGUAACUUUUCACAAAAUUAGUAACUAUUAAUUUUAAAUAAUUACCGGUAUGAAGUGUUGAAGUAUAAGAAAAGAAUGUACAAUGAAGGUUCUAUUCAAUUUAAAUUACUUAUUAAUUAGUCUAUUUGUGAUAUGUUCUACAAUAUACUCAGAACGAGAUUUCUAUUCUAUACUCAAGGUACCUCGCAGUGCUUCAACCAAUCAGAUUAAAAAGGCAUAUCGAACUCUCGCCAAGCAAUUGCAUCCCGAUAAAAAUACCGAUGACCCGAAUGCCGCCGAAAAAUUUCAAGAUUUAGGCGCAGCCUACGAAAUUUUAUCAGAUCCGGAAAAACGAAAACGAUACGACGAAUGCGGCGAAGAAUGCGUCAAAAAGGAAGGAAUGAUGGGUUCGGCGGAUCCAUUCGCUAGCUUUUUCGGAGAUUUCUUCCACUUCAGUUCUGGCAACGAGAAUGGUGAUCAGAAAGAAAUACCUAAAGGUGGAUCCAUUCGAAUGGAUGUGUUCGUUACUUUGGAAGAAUUAUACAAUGGGAAUUUCAUCGAAAUUACCAGAAAUAAACCUGUCAUAAAAGAAGCUAAAGGUACACGAAAAUGCAACUGCCGUCAAGAAAUGGUUACCAAGCAAUUAGGUCCAGGUCGUUUCCAAAUGAUUCAACAAGCUGUUUGUGAUGAAUGUCCUAACGUUAGGUUUGUAAACGAAGAAAAAACUUUAGAAUUCGAAGUUGAACCUGGAAUGAAAGAUGGUCAAGAGACGAAAUUCGUUGCUGAAGGUGAACCUCACAUGGACGGUGAACCCGGUGACCUGAUCUUGAAAAUACGUGCCUUGCCACAUCAUAUAUUCGAAAGAAAAGGAGAUGAUUUGUACACCAAUAUAACGAUCUCUUUGCAAGAUGCUCUAGUCGGUUUUACUACAGAAAUCGAACAACUCGAUGGACGUAAAAUUGUGAUCGAAAGGGAAAAAGUGACGUGGCCUGGAGCGAAAAUCAAAAAGAAGGGAGAAGGAAUGCCUAAUUACGAAAACAAUAACGUUAAAGGAAAUUUGUAUAUUACUUUCGAUAUCGAUUUCCCUAAGACACAGUUCUCUGAAGAAGAUAAACAAAAUAUUGCAAAAAUUCUAAAUCAAAAAUCUACUUACAAAGUGUACAACGGGAUAUAUGGAGGCAAUUAAUAGCAAUAUUAAUUAUCGCUUCUUCUAGUGCCUAAUGUGUGUUUUUGUAGUCGUUUUGGGCUAGACUUAUGUAUCUACGCCUUUUGCACCAUCUUUUUGCAAUCAAUUCGUUACUUAUCCAAACGUUGUGGUGUGAAUUGAAUUACAAAUACUUACUGCCUAUUGUUGAAUAGGCCAAGUUUUCGUUUUGAUGAAAUUGUAUUUGAUUUUUUUUUUUUGAAUUUUGUACCUACUUUUUACCGUUAUGGUAAAAAAAGUUCGUUUGUUUUUGUUGGAAAGUUUGUGUUCUACUGAAGUUUUUUAAUAUCUUACUUAAUUAUCUGUUUGAUAAAAUCGUCGCGUUGAAAAACCGUUUUCGGUUUAAGGCAAUAGAACUUCGUUUUUUACUCUAAUUUAAAUACUUAUUUUUUAUUGAUACUUCAUGCGAUGCGCAAUUUAGUAAAAAAAUCCAAAGGACGUAAUAUUUCGUUGAUUGAUUGAAAAAUUUAGUUGUAUAAUUGUGCCUACAUUUGUGCAUUUAUUUAUGCCUAUCGUUAUGUGCGUGCCAGUGAAAUUGUUCAUUUAUUUAUUAUUAUCGAAUUUUACUGCAAAAUGAGAAACAAUAAAGCGUUUUCUGGAAUCUUA